AUGGGCGCGUGCGCAUCAUCUCCCUCCGCCACCACAAUCACAACAGCAUGGGUGAAGGAAGGUGGCGACGGUGCACGUGCGUCGGAAUCUUUCCGAAGACCGUCGUCAAUCAUGGUGAUGGACAUGGCGGGUCGAAUCAAGGAGUUCAAGAAACCAAUCCCGGCGAGAACCGUGCUCUCCGAUAACCCCCAUUGCUACCUCUGCAACUCCGAAUCUGUGCACAUCGGCACGUGCAUGCCACGCGUCCCCGACGAGGAGGAACUUCUUCCCGGGCGAAUCUACUUCCUUGUCCCUCUCUCGUAUUCGCACUCCCCCUUGUCCCUCAAUCUUCUGUGUGAUCUCGCCGUUAAAGCAGGUUCAGCGCUUUCCAACCCAAACAAUAAUUACCCUACUCGCACAAACAGAGGCUCCGAUACACGCCGUUAA